AUGUUUCUUAUUUCCGAGUCUGUUAUUUUAUUUUAUUUCUUAUCUAAUUUGCUUCUAUUUAUUUUCUUCGUUCCCCAUUUUCUUUAUUCACUUCCCAUUAUCCUAUAUCUUCUCUUUUCUCCUCUCUUUCCUCCACCUUUCAUUAUUUCCUUCCCUCUUUUCUGUCGUUCUCUCAUUCUUUCUCUAAUUAGGUGUCCCGCAUUCUUCUCUUUUGUCCACUUUCUUUUCUUCGUCAUUUUUUUUGCUAGUCUUCCUUGUAUCUUUAUUUCUUAUAUAUGUCACUCUCUUCCUCUCUCUCUCUUUCUCUCUGCCUGUCUGUCUCUCUCUCUCUGUCUCUCUUUCUCUCUGCCUGAUAGCACGGAAGCAGAGAGGCCGGGGAGACGUUACACUUGGCCUUUACUCCAAUCUCUCUCUCUCUCUCUUUAUCUAUCUAUCGAUCUAUCUAUCUGUCUCAGUCUGUUCAUAAAUAUCUAUCUAUCUAUCUCAGUCUGUUCAGAUCUAUCUCUCUAUCUGUCUAUCUAUCUAUCUGUCUAUCUAUCUAUCUCCGUGUGUAUAAGAAUUAUUUAG